AUGUCGUUCGCGGGCUUUAAGAAACAGAUCAACAAGGCAAACCAGUUUGUGAGCGAAAAGAUGGGAUCGGCCGAAGGAACUAAGAUGGAGGACGAAUUUAUCGAUCUGGAGCGAAAAACUGACGUGAUGACAAAUCUUGUGACUCAGCUGCUGGGCAAAACGAAGGAGUAUCUUCAGCCCAAUCCAGCCGUACGCGCAAAGAUUUACAUGCAUGUGGCCGCACAAGGGAGCAAAUACCCCCAGACGGAAGGAGCUCUUGGUGAUAUAAUGCUGAAAGCCGGCCAUGAUCUCGACCCACAGCAAUCCGACUACGCUUCGGCUUUGCUUGAUGUCGGAAGUUCUCUGAUCGAAGUUGCCGAAGUGAAAGAUACGAUGGAUGCGCAAGUCCAUGAGAAUUUCCUAAUCCCUCUACACGAACUGGAAGAAAAGCAACUGAAAGAGAUCGCAGGGCAUCGGAAGAAGCUACAAGGUCGGAGACUCGAUUAUGACUGUAAGAAGCGCAAGGGAAAUAAAAUCGCGGUGGAAGAAGUCAAAAUGGCACAGUACAAGUUUGAAGAAUCGAAAGCGAUUUGCCAACAGGAGAUGACCCAGUUGAUGGGAAAUGAAGUUGAGCGUAUUCAUCAGCUCAGUCAGUUGGUCUGCGCCAUGUUGGAGCACCACAAGAAAUCAGCCGACACCCUUGAGCGGCUACUAUUGCUACUUAACAAGAGGGUACAUGAAGCUUCAAGUCGCAGUGGCAAUAAUCAAGCGGCAAAUAAGAGUGCAGAGAAUCAGGCCGUGAAUCAGGGAAAGUCCGAAGCUUCCGCCAAAGGCACGAAUCCUUUGGCAGACGACUCGGACUUAACUGGGAAACCGAAUGAAGAAGCAACGCCCAGUAAGCCGAGUUGCCGAGCGAAAUGCGACUACCAGGCGGAGAAAGACGGGGAGCUGUCCUUCUCUAAGGGCCAGGUGAUAAUGCUGUCGGAGAAGCUGAAUGAAGACUGGCUUGAAGGAACUUUGGAAGGAAAAUUUGGGCGAAUACCGGUUAAACAUGUGGAAAUUCUGGUCGAUUUUCCUUGA